CCACAGAGAAACCCUGUCUCGAAAAACCAAAAAAAAAAAAAAAAAAAAAAAAAAUUGUCUGUUACCAGCCUAGGAGGCAGAGCUGGGAUUUGGGAAGCUUGAGUGCUUUUGUCUCUGAGCUGGUCCCUGAAAUGCAUUCUCUGUCAGAUCUGGGCAGGUGCUUUGGGCCAGCUGGGGAUUGAGAAUGAGGCCUCCAAUCUAUUUGUCGUCACACUCCAUGUGAAGCACAUCAAGAAUCUUUCUCCCAGUUGCUUCUUGCCAGUCACUCUCAGGAUGAUGAAGGUCAACCUUGGGGGUAGUGUGUCCAAGUGAAGGCUUCACUGAUGCCUUUUGGGAGUUGAGGUCCUCCAUUACCCCAGAGCAACCACUAGAUGAUGAAGGCUGCUGCUGUUUCCUGUGAUAAAAUUCAGUUUCCUUCUAGUUCUUCCUGAUAUUGCCCCUGGGGACUACUAUAAAGCAGUACUACAAAGUAUCUUGGACCUGGAAAAUUGAACAUGUGUAUGUGAAACAGUUUUUUGGGAAAGUCUAGCCACCUUCGGUAACCUGCAUUCUUGUCAUUCAGCCUUCAGAAGGUAGUGUCUUCACCUGCAAGACCAUUGUUAAGCCCAUCGAAUCUUCAGCCUUCCUGAAGGCAGUAUCUUCACUUGCAAGACCAUUGUUUAAGCCCAUUCAGUUUUUGCUGAAAGAGUGAUCGCCUUUAGUCCUGUGCUCAAGGAACAAUGGUCUUCAGUAUGCUUGAGCAAGAGGAUUCUGGGGUGGUGGGGAUCAUGCAUAAUUCAUAGCUGUGUUCCUAAGCUCCAGCACUGGAGCAAGAUAAAUAAAGGCUUGUGGAAUAUGUGACCGUGUUUGCUGCUUGUGUGUGCCCAGUGUGAGAGCUAGAGACCACUAUAGAGGCCAGGCCACAAAGGUACUGUGCCUGCCCAGAGGGUUUCACCCUCUAGUGAAUGCUCCACCUCCCACAGCUAUUUGACCUGAAUGUGUAAUUCCGGCUUUUCAGCCAUUUGCAGAACUUUGACCUUCUGGAGGCAGGGAGUUCUAACCCCCAAUUCUGGUUCUAGGCAGCCUAUUCUGCUCUGAACUGCCUUACUUGCUUUUAUUGGACUGUGGAAUUGCCUGAAGCCAUAGGAAGUCAGCACUCUGUUUUAAAUCCCAGCCUGCUCUAUGGACUUCCCACCCCCUUCCUAUCCCCCGCGGGCUAGAAAGACCUGUCCAAGCAGGGGUUUGGACUACAUCUCCCAGCGUGCCUGGCAGAGUAGUGUGGCCUCUGUGUGCCGGGCUGCUCCAGUUGCGGGUGACAAUGCAGCGGACAGUGAGUGUGGUGGCCCCUCUGUGUUUUCGCCUGCAGACACAAUCCUUGGUUCAAAGCCGACAACUCAGUUGUGUACAGGAUGUGCUCCGCAGGACUCCACUCUAUGACUUCCACCUGGCCCAUGGAGGAAAAAUGGUGGCUUUUGCGGGGUGGAGUCUGCCUGUGCAAUACCGGGACAGUCACGUUGAUUCACACCUGCAUACACGCCGGCACUGCUCUCUCUUUGAUGUGUCCCACAUGCUGCAGACCAAGAUAUUUGGUCGUGACCGAGUGAAGCUGAUGGAAAGUAUAGUGGUUGGAGACAUUGCAGAACUAAAGCCUAACCAGGGGACACUGUCACUGUUUACUAAUGAAGCUGGAGGCAUCUUAGAUGACUUGAUUGUGACCAAUACUUCUGAGGGGCACCUGUAUAUAGUGUCUAACGCUGGCUGCUGGGACAAGGACUUGACUCUCAUGCAGGACAAGGUGAAGGAGUUCCAGAACAGGGGCAGUGAUGUAGGCCUGGAGGUGGUAGAUAAUGCCCUGCUAGCUCUGCAAGGACCCACUGCAGUGCAAGUGCUACAGGCUGGUGUGACAGAUGACUUGAGGAGACUGCCCUUCAUGACCAGUGCUGUGAUGGAUGUGUUUGGUGUGUCUGGCUGUCGUGUGACCCGUUGUGGCUAUACGGGAGAAGAUGGUGUGGAGAUCUCAGUGCCAGCAGUAGGGGCAGUCCACUUGGCAACUGCUCUGCUGGAAAACCCAGAGGUGAAGCUGGCAGGACUAGCAGCCAGAGACAGCCUGCGCUUGGAGGCAGGCCUCUGUCUGUAUGGGAGUGACAUUGAUGAACAUACCACACCUGUGGAGGGCAGCCUCAGCUGGACACUGGGGAAGCGCCGCCGAACUGCUAUGGACUUCCCAGGAGCCAAAAUCAUUGUUCCCCAGCUGAAGGGUGAGGUGCAGAAGAGACGUGUGGGGUUGAUAUGUGAAGGGGCCCCAGUGAGAGCACACAGUCCUAUCCUGAGCACAGAAGGCACUGUGAUUGGCACAGUGACCAGUGGGUGCCCUUCACCCAGCUUGAAGAAGAAUGUGGCCAUGGGUUAUGUGCCAUUCAAGUACAGUCGGCCAGGGACACAGCUGCUGGUGGAAGUUCGGCGGAAGCAGCAAAUGACGGUGGUUAGCAAAAUGCCCUUUGUGCCCACAAACUACUACACUCUCAAGUGAAGAUGGCCCAUGGAAAAGCCCCUCCCUCCACAAGUCUUGCCCAAGAAGGCCUUCCAUAGUGCUUAAUCAGAGUAGUCAAGUAGAACUCACAGGGGUUUGUUGUGUCUGGCCGGGGUGGGGAGAGCAUCCCAUCUUCCUAGUGGAGCUAUCCUAACUUUAGGGCUCUUUUUUUUUUCUUUUUUUCUUUUCGAGACAGGGUUUCCCUGUGUACUGUGUAGCUUUGGAGCCUGUCCUGGAACUAGCUCUUGUAAAACAGGCUGGCCUUGAACUCAGAGACCUGCAUGCCUCUGCCUCCCAAGUGCUGGGAUUAGGAGCAUAUGCCACUGUAGGGCUCAAUUUUAAAUGACAAAUCACCUUACUUAAUGUCCUAUUUUAGUCCACAAUCCUACUAACCUUAUUCUGCCAGGUGCUGGCUAUAGAAAAAAUGUCUGCCUUUGUGUGGACGAUAACACCUGCCCAACCUACCUCACUAUGGUUUCUCGAAUUUCUAAGGGCUAUUACUGUGGGCAAUGUGAGCUUAGGUACCUUCCUCACUUUGCUUCCCAUGAAUGUAUACUCUUCCUUUCCUUGGAUAAAAAUGACUCCUGACUCAGUGUCGGCUGAGUUGUUCCUGUGUGCAAAUGUAGGGAUGGCUGAGCAAACACAGACUUACCCUUCCACAUUCCCUAGUUAACCUAGCCUGCUGUACAGCCGCAAGACAUGGCAAGCUUGGUACUUGUGCUUACCUUAGCUCUUGUGAAUAAUUGUACUAACUACAAAAAAAAAUAAAGUUUCCUUCUGGGGCUGGAGAGCUGCUCAGUAGUUAACAACACUGACUGCUCUUCCAGAGGACCAGGGUUCAAUUUCCAGCACCCACAUGGCAUGUCUAUAAUCUAGCUUGAAGUGAUCUGACACCCUCAUACAGACUUAAAUGCAGGCAAAACACCAAUGCACAUAAAAUAAAAUAAAAACAUCAUAAGAACGA